AUGUCACUUUUGAGUACUCUCACGACGCCAUGGGCGGCCGUGCUCGCGAUUCUUGUGCUGGUCACUCUGUACUAUGUGACACCCUAUCUCAUCGACAAUGCACACCUACGAGGGAUCCCUGGACCUCCCACGGCCGCCUUCUCAAACCUCUGGCUGUUGUCCGUGUGCAGGAGAGGAAAGAGAUUUGCCAUUGUGCAUGACAUGCACAAGAAACUGGGUCCAGUGAUUCGCAUCGCGCCGAACCAUGUCAGCAUCGCAGACGCAGAUGCAAUCAACACCAUCUACGGCCAUGGCAAUGGCUUCCUCAAAUCCGAUUUCUACGACGCCUUUGUGUCCAUCCGUCGCGGCCUCUUCAACACUAGAGACCGCGCUGAGCAUACGCGCAAGAGGAAGCUCGUCUCGCACAUCUUUGCGCCCAAGUCCGUGACAGAGUUCGAGCCAUAUCUUCGACAGAACCUGGAGGAGUUUGUCAAGCAAUGGGACAAGCUCAUUAAACUAUCUCCCCACAGCCAGCACUCGGCUCGGCUCGAUUGUCUGUCGUGGUUCAACUAUCUUGCAUUUGACACGAUAGCCGACUUGGCAUUCGGAAAGCCUUUCGGCAUGCUCACCUCUGGCGCCGACAUGGCUGAGAUCAGGACGUCUCCCACGAGCCCGCCACUGUACGCUCCCGCCGUCGAGAUCAUCAACCGUCGGGGGGAGGUCUCGGCAACCCUUGGCAUCAUGCCCUUCCUCAAGCCGUAUGCACGCUACCUGCCAGACCCAUUCUUCUCCAAGGGCCUUGCGGCUGUCGAGCGCCUAGCUGGUAUCGCCAUCGCUCGCGUCUCUGACAGACUCGAGAACCCCCCCGACAUUAAUCGCCAAGAUCUGCUUGCGCGACUUGUGCAGGGCAAGGACGAAGAGGGCCAGCCACUCGGGCGCGAGGAACUGACGGCGGAGGCGCUGACACAGUUGAUUGCGGGCAGUGACACGACUUCCAAUUCGUCGUGUGCGCUGCUGUACCACGUGGUCAACACAGAGGGGGUCCUGGCCAAGCUGCAGCAGGAGCUUGAUGAAGCUGUCCCAGACGGCGCUGACGUGCCCAUGUACGAGCAGGUGAAGAACCUUCCGUACCUGGAGCAGGUCAUUAACGAAACCCUCCGUGUCACGAUUCGGGGGCAGCACUAUGGUCCUGGGACGGUGUUGAGUGUUCCCACGUACACGGUCCAUCAUGAUAAGUCGAUCUGGGGAGAAGAUGCGGAUCAGUUCAACCCGAGCAGAUGGGUAAACCCGACGCCUGAGAUGAAAAAGGCUUUCAUCCCCUUCAGCCAUGGCCCGCGAUCCUGCGUGGGAAGAAACUUGGCCGAGAUCCAGAUGAAGUUUAUUGCAGCCACAUGGAUCAAGAGGUCGCCUUUCGCGGCAAUCAUCGCAGUCCCCGCGUGCUAUGGCCUGUGCGAUGGCCUGAGUCUCGUCGGCUGUUCUGGCUUCAUAUUUGUCCCGUCCGCCACGCUGACAUCUCUGAGCGCUGUCACUGACACGGGCAUGAAACGCCUCGCGCUCACAGAUGCAGACAAGACGGUUCGAGAUUGGUUUGUUGAGGAAGCCAAGGGCCUUGGAUGCAAUGUGACGGUAGAUGAAAUGGGCAAUAUUUUCGCGGUCCGCCCUGGCACCAAUCCAGAUCUCCCUCCCAUAUACGCUGGGUCUCAUCUAGAUACGCAGCCAACUGGUGGGCGCUAUGAUGGCAUUCUUGGGGUCAUGGCCGGACUUGAGGGCUUGCGGGUUCUGCAAGAGAACGAUAUUCAGACGAACCAUCCCAUCGGACUCGUCAAUUGGACUAGUGAAGAGGGUGCUCGCUUCCCGAUCACCAUGAUUUCCUCAGGUGUCUGGGCAGGCGUCGUUCCACUAGAGAAAGCCUAUGCGUCACAAGACGUAGGCGGCAGCGGCGUAACAGUGAGAUCCGAGCUCGAAAGGAUAGGGUAUCUGGGUGCCAGACCUGCAACGUCUGAAGCAACGCCGAUGGCUGCUCACUUCGAGCUGCACAUUGAGCAAGGACCCAUCCUUGAGAACAAUCAACAGAAGAUCGGUGUCGUCAACGGCGCCCAAGCCUACAAAUGGUUCACCGUCGAGGUCAAGGGCAGAGCCGCACACACUGGCACUACUCCGAUGGACACGAGAGGUGAUGCGCUCCUGGCGGCAGCCCGCAUGAUAAACCACUCAAACAUUGUCGCCAACAAGUCGGGGGCGCUGGCUUCUACUGGCAUCCUGACGCUUGAGCCAGGGAGUGUCAACGUCAUUCCGAGCCAUGUCCGCUUCUCCCUCGACGUACGCUCAAAGUCCGAUGCUAUCGUAACGGAGGUCGAGCAGCAACUGAAGCGGGAUUUCGCUGCUAUUGCCCAAGGACGCGAUGUCGAAGACUGCACGCCGCCCUCCACAAGAACCUUGCCGAUGGAGGUCACAUGGGCCACCGACUACCACUCUCCGGCUGUUCAUUUCGACAAAGGGUGUAUCAACGCAGUCCGGACGUCAGCUGCGGGGGUCUUAGGAAGCAGCGAACUAUUUCGAGAUAUGACGAGCGGCGCUGGGCACGACAGCGUGAACACAAGUAAGCACGUUCCCACGGCCAUGGUCUUUGUGCCAAGCAAAGGUGGCAUCAGCCAUCACCCGGAGGAGUGGACGAGCGAUAAAGACUGCUCCUUGGGUGCUGCAGUCCUCUUACACGCGAUGGUGAGGUAUGAUCGCGGCGAUACUUCAAAGUGA